GGUAUUUCUUAUCCUAACGUCCUUUUUGUUACUACUCAAAAUCACAAACAGAAAAGAACUGCUUCAAACCAUGAAUAUGGAAGAAAACUUUGUGAAAUCAAAAUUCAACCGGGUUUGUGUUUUCUGUGGGAGUAGUUCUGGUAAGAGAGAGUGCUAUAAAGAGGCAGCAAUUGAAUUGGGGGAAGAACUGGUGGCAAGAAAGCUGGAUCUGGUUUAUGGGGGAGGUAGUAUUGGUUUAAUGGGCUUGGUUUCUCAAGCCGUUCAUAAUGGAGGAGGACAUGUUCUUGGAAUCAUACCAAGACCGCUCGUGGGAAAAGAGAAAACUGGGGAGACUAUUGGGGAGGUGAGAAUGGUGGCUAAUAUGCACCAAAGGAAGGCUGAAAUGGCUCGCCAUUCUGAUUGUUUCAUAGCAUUACCAGGUGGAUAUGGUACUCUAGAGGAGUUGCUAGAGGUUAUAACAUGGGCGCAGCUGGGCAUCCACGACAAGCCUGUGGGUUUACUGAAUGUUGAUGGGUACUACGACUACCUCCUCAACUUCAUUGACAAAGCAGUGGAUGAUGGGUUCAUAAAGCCUUCUCAGCGUCACAUCUUUGUCUCUGCCCCCAAUGCCAAAGAGCUCGUUCAGAAACUGGAGGAGUACGUGGCAGUGCAAGAUGAAGUGGUUGUCAAUUUAAAGUGGGAGCAGCCAUCAGCAACACCACCACCACCAUCUCCACCGCCACCAAAUCAAGUGGGUUUUAAAGCCUUGCAGCAGACUAAAAUAGGAGUUGCUCUAUGAAGAAUGGGCAUUCUCAGUCACUACUUUUGGGUGUGGUUUACUAAUUACUGACCUAUACCAUAAUGGUAUGUACCACUUAAACAAGAAGAGGCCAGAUGGGAUUAGAUUAUAGUAGUUUCUUCUUGUAUUUUUUGGAAAGUGAAUAUAAAAUUUGCGUAUGUGAUCUGACUUUGAAUAUGUUAGUAUUUUAGUGUCAGAUGCUGUAGGAAGGAACAAAAGGAAUACAACAAACUAGUGGGCAUGGCAUCAGCUUUAUUCAGUAUAUACCAGCAUGCAUGCAUUACUUGACUAAUUUGUAGUCUUCCUUUUUCAAUGUUUUUGAAUCUUGAGCCAGUGUUUAAGGAACCACCAAUCAAACAAGAUCAUUUUAUCUUUA